AUGGAAAACAUAAGGCUCAGGAAACACAACACUCACGCAUGCAUAGCCAAUUCACACACAUCUUCCCUAGCCAUGCACAAAGAUUCCCACAUGGUGUCCAAAACCAAACCCAAGAUUCGCAUAAUUCACAUAUUUGCACCAGAGAUCAUCAAGACCGAUGUGGAGAACUUCCGGGAACUUGUGCAGAAGCUAACUGGGAAACCAAGUGCAGAAAAAUGUUACAAGAAGAAGAAGGCAAGGGCAAAAAGAGAGGACGAAUAUUCAAGGAGCAGCAGCACCAGUGGAAGUGGCAUGUCAGAAGAUCACAACACAGUGAUCACAAUGAAGAAUAAUAAUGGAGGGUGUUGGGGGUUGGAUGUGACAAGGGAAAAAGUCAAAGAAGAGGUUGGGGUUUGUUCCAGUGAUGAAAGUUCUGGUGGGUACUUGGGGGGUUUCACUGAUUUGGAAGGGUUUAUUUCUGAGAUUGGUGGAUUUCCUUUGCUCCCUUUGGAUGCUAAUCAUAUGAUGCAAGGGUUUGAAGAACCUCAACUUCUAUAG